AUGGUGCCCUUGGGAGCUGCUCGGGAGUCACUGCACAUUAAAGUGGAGCCGGAAGAGCCUCACCUCGAGGGGGCGUUGCAGGAGGACAGGGCUCAAGCUGCACGGAGCUGGGCACCCCUAAGCCAUGGCUGUAAGGAGAAGGUUCCCUUCCUGCCUGGCGGAGCUUUUCCCUCCCCCCGGAUCCCUGUGCUUUCCCAUGAGGGGAGGACCAGAGACCGGCAGAUGGCCGCAGCUCUCCUUACCGCAUGGUCCCAGAUGCCAGUGACUUUUGAGGACGUAGCGCUGUACCUCUCCCGGGAGGAGUGGGGACGGCUGGAUCACACACAGCAGAACUUCUACAGGGACGUCCUGCAGAAGAGAAACGGGCUGUCCUUGGGGUUCCCCUUCAGCAGGCCUUUCUGGGUCCCCCAAGUGCAGGGGAAGGGCGAGGCCUCGAGCUCGGGCCGGCAGAUGCGAGAAGAGGAGGAGGAGGAGAGGAGAGGUGUGUGCCCAGGAGCCAUUGAGGUGGGGCAGGAAAUGCCCACCCCGUCUGCAGCAGCCCUUGGGGAUGUGAAGCCCUUCAGAAGCAGGGCAAGGAGGGCCCAGGGGGGCAUCCCGCAGUGUGGGCAGCAGGCAGCUAGUGGCCAGAGCUCAGGGCCAGUCAGAGAGGACGGGCAGCCGGGUCCCCUGGGAGAGAGACAGCCGAUACCAGCCCCGCCUGCCUCCAGUCCCCCGAAGCCCAGCGAGGAGGAAAAGGGCGCCCCAGAGAGCGGCGAGGAGGGCCUGGCCCCCGACAGCGACGCCAGCAAGAAGAGCUACCAGUGCGAGCAGUGUGGCAAGGGCUUCAGUUGGCACUCACACCUAGUGACGCACCGGCGCACGCACACCGGCGAAAAGCCCUACGCCUGCACAGACUGUGGCAAGCGCUUCGGCCGCAGCUCGCACCUCAUCCAGCACCAGAUUAUCCACACGGGUGAGAAGCCCUACACCUGCCCCUCCUGCUGGAAGAGCUUCAGCCACCACUCGACGCUGAUCCAGCACCAGCGCAUCCACACCGGCGAGAAGCCCUACGUGUGCGACCGCUGCGCCAAACGCUUCACCCGCCGCUCAGACCUGGUAACCCACCAGGGCACCCACACGGGCGCCAAGCCGCACAAGUGUCCCAUCUGCGGCAAGUGCUUCACGCAGAGCUCGGCCCUGGUCACCCACCAGCGUACGCACACGGGGGUCAAGCCCUACCCGUGCCCCGAGUGCGGCAAGUGCUUCAGCCAGCGCUCCAACCUCAUCGCGCACAACCGCACGCACACGGGCGAGAAGCCCUACCACUGCCUCGACUGCGGCAAGAGCUUCAGCCACAGCUCGCACCUCACCGCGCACCAACGCACCCACCGCGGCGUCCGGCCCUACUCCUGCCCGCUCUGCGGCAAGAGCUUUAGCCGGCGCUCCAACCUGCACCGGCACGAGAAGAUCCACACCAGCGGGCCCAAGGCGCUGGCCAUGCUGAUGCUGGGCGCGGCGGCGGGGGCUCUGGCCACCUCCCCACCCACCCCCACCUAGGAGGCUGGGAGCCCCGGGAAGUCCAGGCCCCGGGGGAGGAGCGAGGGGAGGGGGAAGGGACAGGAGAGGUGGGGGCACGGGGUGGGGCAUGGCGGCGUGGGGGGAGAUGAGGCGAGAUGGAGCAGGCGCUCUGGCCACGGAUUAAAGGCCA